AUUGGACCUCUAGUGGGAGCAGAAACACAGCGGUCAACACAGCUCGGAGCUACAAAGGCAACCUCUCCCCAGUGUCAAGGACUCAAGGCCUGGUCUAGGCCUGUGUAACGACAACCUCAAGGGCCAUGGAGCUGUGGCUUCACCUCUCCUUCCUGUCCACAGCCCUGGCCUUGGAUGAGGUGCUAAUGGACACACAGAUGGCGACAGAAGAACUGAACUGGCUGGCAGUGCCCAGCAGUGGGUGGGAGGAGACGGUAGCCGUGGAUAGGAACUUCAACGCCAUUCGAACCCACCGUGUGUGUAACAUGGAAAGCCCCAACCAGGACAACUGGCUGAGGAGCGGCUUCAUCGAGCGUGGAGAGGCCCGCCUGGUGUACGUGGACCUGCGCUUCACCAUGAGGGACUGCAGGUCGUUCCGGAGUCCGUGCCGGGAGACGUUCUCGGUCUACCACCGUGAGGCAGACAGCUUGGGGGACGUGGAGGCCCCGGGAGUCUCUGGGCUGAGGGAGGCCUACGCCAAGGCGGGCGAGGUUUCCGCGGAGCUGGUCUUCACGCUGGGGGAAGGCGGCGGGGUGAACCGGGCCACGGUGGCGGUGGGCCCGCUCUCCAAGGCCGGCUUCAGGCUGGCCUUCCGGGACCGCGGGGCCUGUACCAACCUGCUGUCCGUGCGGGCCUACUACAGGAGGUGCCCGCCCGCCAUCCUGGGCCUGGCGCGCUUCCCCACCACCGCCACGGGCCCAGCCCCCGCCUCACUGUUGCCCGUGGGCGGCUCCUGCGUGGACGGGGCCCAGGAGGUCGACACGCCGCCCACAAUGUACUGCGGCGGGGAGGGCCACUGGCUGGUGCCCGCCGGAGCCUGCCGGUGUAGGCCCGGUUACCGGGGCAACCGGGAGCUCACGGCCUGCACAGAGAUAGAAGACCACAACAGUCUCUCCAACGCCACUUUAGGAGGGAGGCCAUCCCAGAAUUCUUCGGGCCUCUCUUGUGGGCAACUGGAAGAGCAUAACGCCCUGCUCUUGGCCAACGGGCAGAUGCUGCAGGAGCAGGCCGAGACCUUGGGGAAGUUGGCAGAGGCGGUGGCCAGGCUCAACGCCACGCUCGCCGCCAUCUUGCGCAGGCUCCCUGGCCUCCUGGAAGAGGAGCCCGAGGGUUCAUCGAGCCGGGGCGAGGGAAAGUGAGGGGGGAAGCGGGAGAAAAUCGACGGGAGGUGCCGGAGAGGCUCGCAGGUGCGGCAAUCCGGAGAGGAAAAAAUCCGGAGAGAAAAAAAAGAAAAAAGAAGAAAAAAAAACUGCCGGAGGAACUCGCAGAAAACGAGGAACUGCAGACGUUUUAAAACAAAAAGAGAUACGCUGGGAGGGCAGCACGGUGGCGCAGCGGGUAGAGCUGCUAAAUCACGGUACCAGAGUCCCGGGUUUGAUCCUGACCGCGGGUGCUGUCUAUGCGGAGUUAGGACAU